AUGAGGCAGCCGAAGCAGACGUUCGCUAAGAGGGAAGCGAAGCUCGCAGCGGAAGAAAUGGAUGAGGAGGAGCAGCUUCGACAGAUGCAGAGGGUCCUAGCUAACGAGGAUAGAGUCCAAAUUGACAUGUGGGCCAGUAAGAUGGACACGUUAGACGUCCAGCUUCCGGAACCAGUCCCUCGAAGCGUAUCGCCCUUCGCAUGGGCUUCGUUCUUCACCGAGCGAGUUCGGAACUACCUCAAAAAUGCUGUGGCACUAAGAACUCUGGCGGAAGAGCGUUGUGUUCCAAAUCAAUCCGGACUCUCAAAAUGGUCUCCGCGGGUGUUCGGAACUCAGUCUACCAGUUCAAAAUCAUGGCUCGCCCCUCUCCGUACCGAGCUCCUCGACACCUAUGUCAAAGUUAACACCGCCAUCGCAACAGGCGACACCCUGACCCUCCGAUCUCUCACUCGAGACGAAUUCCUCGAAUCCUCGCUCGCACGUCUCCGCGCCUAUCACACCGUCCCCAAACCCCUCCGCCCCAUACAAUCCCGCACCCGAGCCCCCUCCGGAUCCGCACGCUCACGUCCUCCCCCAUCUGUGACUGAAGCAGACGAUGGGAGGCCGUACAGGUUCGAGUGGAAGCUGCAUGAGAUGAAGAAGCCGGUGAAAGUGCAGAGCAUCAGGACCGUCACGGGACAUCUUGGGGCUCGGGAGCCGGCGUUUGGCAAUCGGUAUUUGGUGAACGCGUUGGUCACUUUCAGGUCGAUGCAGACGCUGCGCGUAUACGACAGGAACAACAAAAUAGUGGAGAGCAUGUCUCAGACGGAGCCGAAGGAGGUGGUGGAACAUCUCGUUUUUGAGAGGAGGUUCUGGUACAAGCUUCCUUGGGUGAUCAAGGAGAGGAUCACAGAGUGA